CAUUAAAUUCCAACAUUAAAAGACGUAGAAUGCUUUUGUAAUAAAUAAUUUUGUUUCAAGUUAAAUUUCUUCGGACCAAGUAUUACAUUGAUGAUGAUCCCUUAUAUCUGGUGUUUAAUGAUUUUUGUGCUGCGUGAUAUCGGCAAGAAGAUUAAGUCUUUGUGUAAUAGUUCAUUCGGAGUGUAAUAAAAUAAAGCAAUGUGUGCCUUUAUGCUUUUCGCUUGGAGGUAAAUUUUGCAAAAGACUAUCCAACGGAUUUCAAUACGGAUUACGGAUUACUUUCGCAAGCGACGCCCUCUGGAUAAGCGUAUAUGGCCGAUGUGCGAUUGGAAUGGCAGAAAAGUUGCGCGAGGCAGCUGCUCAUGGUGAUGUUGAUCGAGUUGCACGCUUGCUCAACGACAAUGUUAAACCGUUGCCUGACGAAAAUGGCCGGGGGCCUCUAUUGCUGGCCGCGGCAGGUGGUCACGUGGAAGUGUGCGAGAUCCUGUUGCUGCAGGGCGUCGACGUUAGCGCCACUGACGAGCAUGGAAACUCGGCACUGCACGAGGCAUCAUGGCGUGGUUACAGUCGGACCGUGGCGGUUCUGGCGAAGGCCCUCGGGACGCAACGGGCCCCACUGCACGCCAGGAAUCUCGCUGGAUUUGCACCGCUUCACCUUGCUUGUCAAAACGGCCAUAAUCAAAGUUGUCGAGAGCUCCUCCUAGCCGGCAGCAAUCCCGAUCUUCAGAACAACUAUGGCGAUACACCGCUUCAUACUUCGGCACGUUAUGGCCAUGCUGGCGUAAUGCGUAUACUAAUCUCAGCUCUGUGCAAAGUAUCUGAUCAAAAUAAAAAUGGCGAUACUGCUUUGCAUAUAGCAGCAGCGAUGGGUCGACGGAAAUUGACGCGUAUUCUCUUAGAAGCUGGUUGCGAUCGAAGUCUACGGAAUAAACAGGGCGAAACGGCAAAGGAUAUUGCUCGUCGUAAGAAUCAUACCGAAAUCUUGGAAAUUAUUUCUAAGGCACGCUGUAAAAGCCGGACGCGCAGCAAAAGCCGUGAGAGAGACUUGAUAGAUGGCAAAAUAGAUGACGGUAAGACAAUGAAGUCAGAUAAAAAGCGAGAAAAGACCGGAAGUGGUACCAGCGGUGGUGAUAGUUCGAAAAAAGAUCGAAAGAAGUAUAAGUCCAACAGCAAACAGCACAAAGUUCGCUUUGAAAAAGCUAUUAUAGGUCGACAAUGGUCACCCUAUGGCUGCCACUAUUACCCAGAUCCGGAAGCAUUCCCUCAACCUCGUCUAGAUUCAUUACCUUCUGACCCCUUAGGACGGGGUGAACAGUAUUACUUAGACUUGGCGGGCAAUAUCAGAAAGGGCCCGGUGGGUGUCGGAUAUACAUGCUAUUGCGCACCAUUUUUCCGACAUAUGGAGGCAAAGUUGGAGCGAGACAAGGCCGAAUUAAAAGCACACAUUGAUCAGGCACAUGAGAAGCUGGACCUAAAAGUGGCCAAUCUGGAAAGGAGGACCAGGGGACAAAUCUCGGAACUGACUAGGUGCGUUCAAGAGGAGCGUUCCAGGUGCGACGAGAGGUAUUCGCAUCUUCAGCAACGUCUACAACGAGGUGCUAGAGGCAGAUAUAGUGAGAGGCCUGCGAAAACUAAUUAUAAUCAGUCCGAAGUAAUAUUACCAAUGAGAACGAGAUCAUUAGAGGAUCUGUUGGAUGAUCGACCGCAGGAUCGCAGCUUUGAAAUUCCCGGAGAAACGCCAGUUCAUCGUGGAAGUCUAGAUGAUCUUGAUAUACCGGCUAUACCUAGACUUAGUAUGUCUAUGAAGGACCUACCUUCGGGACCUGGAAUAGUCAAAUCAGCGCUCAGAGUGUUGGACAUUCCUCCAAAAUUGAACGAAACAUUCGAUGGAGCCGUUAGACCGGAUGGAACUUCGUCCUUAGACAUGGCGCCAAUAGAUUCAGUUCCUGUGAAGGGGAGACGUCAACAAAGAAAUUGCGUGUCAUAUGAUAUGCAUGGCAUGAACAUGUCCAUGGAUGAAAAUAAGAUUCAGAAGAUUAGCGAUGGGAAUAUGACGGAAUGGAAUCGCCGCAGCGUUCAUGAGAUGAUCAAGCGAUUUCAGCAAGUACCUGAUAUGCAUAAUGGUUGGCGAAGAAUUCGCUCCGGAGGCAGUGAACAGGCCAGUCUGGAAGAACAUACCAAGUGCUCGCAAAAUCAGAGGGUACAUUCUCAAGAGAACGAAAGCGAGAGCAGCGAAGGGGAAGAUAACGAUGUUGAACAAACUAAAACAUAUAAGGAGAUGAACUGUAGAAAGGGUAUCUCCAAAGAUGUGCCUUAUGACAGUAUAGCGAGAAUGCCGUACAGAUCACGUAAUCCCGUGUACAGUCCAACACCGCCUCUGCACGACACUCAUAAUGAUUCUGGAUACAGUACCCGUAUGUAUGGCUCCAGCAAAGGCGCAUCGCCUUCGUUGUCAGGUCAACUAGACUGUGACGUGAUCUUAUCACCUUCGACUGGAUCAUUUACAAGUGGAGAACAGCUCGCUGCCUUAUUGGAACAGCCAAGAAGACAUGAUCUCACUGUUUACGAGCGAAAUGCUGACAACGUUGUCAUCAACAUCGGUACUGCCAGUUUAGUUUAG